UGCGAUGAUUUUGCAAACUGAAUGUUGGCAACAGUACAUUAACAAAUAUGGCGUAAACUAGGCUUGGUUUGGAGAAAAACAUUACUUACGGCCCGUUUAGUGUUCAGUUUUUUCCGCGAUCCAGAAUCGAAUCGCUUAUUUAGUCGCGUAAGUGUCCAGUCUGGUCCAGUGCCUGUUUGCGCGAUCCAGUUACGAGUAGUGAUACAUUUCCAAGGGAUUAUAACAAAUGUUUAAAUGGACGCAUCGUCCAUCAUUGCCCAGGUGUCGAGAGAGGACGAACAACUGAACAGUUAUCCUCCUGAAAAAGGUAACCUUCCAAUCAAUGAAAAUGCCUCUCCAACGCCUGAUUAUCAGCCACCACAAGCACAAAAGAAAAGUACGCGGGGCUUCCUGCGGUCCUUGCUAUGCUGCCUCGGUAAGCGAAAAAACAAAACCCAAACCCCGGAACAAUGCGUCGAUGGUUCCCAAUACACGAACAGCGAUCGGGUUUCCUUCCUGCUGCCUCCUGCAAGGCAUCAGGACAUGCAGAAGAAGUGCAUGGUGAUUGAUCUGGAUGAGACCCUGGUUCAUAGCAGCUUUAAGCCAAUAAACAAUGCCGACUUUAUCGUCCCAGUUGAAAUCGACGGUACCGUACAUCAAGUGUACGUGCUGAAAAGGCCGCAUGUGGAUGAAUUCCUGAAAAGAAUGGGAGAACUGUACGAAUGCGUUCUGUUCACUGCAUCAUUAGCCAAAUAUGCGGAUCCGGUGGCCGAUUUGCUCGACCAAUGGGGAGUGUUCAGAGCGCGAUUAUUCCGAGAGAGUUGUGUCUACUAUCGCGGCAACUACGUAAAGGACUUGAACAAAUUAGGCAGAGACCUGCAACAGAUUGUCAUUGUGGACAAUUCACCGGCCUCGUAUAUAUUCCAUCCAGAUAAUGCUGUGCCAGUAGCUUCAUGGUUUGACGAUAUGAACGACAAUGAACUCUUAGAUUUAAUACCGUUCUUUGAAAAGUUAAGCAAGAUGGACAAUGUAUAUACAGUGUUGUGCAACUCUAAUCGACCUUACAACAGUAGUCAACUGAACGGCCCCAAUAACACUACAGCGGUGCAACAGAACAACCAAAUUCCCCAUCCCAACACGUAGCAGAACACUGCCAGCAAGUUGAUCAUAUUGAUUGGGAAUAUUUACAGGAUUCGCGCCCUUCAUCGUUGAAGAGUCCGCGUUUCUUUAACGAGCAAGUUAUUUAAACUUGGAAUGACUUUCUUUUUAACGAACGCUUUCCGAAAUGACAUUCAUUGACCGUGUCGCCUUGAAUAUAGCAGAAUAACUAAACAGUAUAUUUUUGCAGCAAAUCAUCCUAGGAUAAUGCGAGAGAUUGUUCAACUGUUCAAUGUAUUGAAACAUUGGGUAUUGCAGGUUGAUGCAUUUUCGCCUGUAUGCUUUACAUUGGGAAUCAAUAAAUCCAGAUAAUCCCCUAAUCAACCGUUGCUCAUUGGUAUUUUUAAAUGUGAUGUUUAACACUAGGCUUGUUUUUACUGUCUCUUAUGAGUUGCCCAUUCAAUAUGUGUAUACUGAGUGUUUAUAACAACUUUCAUUAGCUGUGUGUGUCCAGCUAUGCGACUUUGGGACCAUCAAGAUCGACACAAACAAAACUCGUUCAGAUACUGUGAGUGAUUCUUUUACAAAAUGCACACUGAAAAUUCAACUUGUCUGUGCGAGCAAAGCUCAACACAGCUUUCGGACUUUUGCUUCCAACAUGAUUGAUACAUAUUCACUAACUAGACUGAGUCCCCGCACAAAGUGUCUAAAAAUCGGUACCAGAUCCACAGUUGCAAUUAGUAAACCUAGAUGUAAAUAAGUCCAUUGCUGUAUCGAUGUAUUAGCGUUCUUUUACACAAAGGAGAGAGAAAAAAAGAUAACGUUGCUUGUGAAGCAGGCCUGUCGUGCUUUUUUUUAACCGGAAUGUUUGUUGAUUGGAAUUUGACCCAUUUUUCUAGUAUACUAAGGGCUCGUUGUAGGGCUUGGGGCGAACUCACAUAAAUAAUUCAAAUGCCAUUGUGAGAAACAAUCAUAUCUCUUUAGGGGAUUGUGCAGACGGUAGGAACGCAGGUUCCAAAUAUUUAACAGUGGCCUUAAACUAAUAUCUGAAUAUUUUUUUUGAUCCUUUAAUAUUGCAAUUUAUACUGUAGACAAUUGACUUGAUAAUAAAGGACGGAUUGUCCUCAUUGAAGCUGCGAAAUCCACGUUUCGGUACGAAGUAGUGCCAUACUAUUUUGUUGAAAAGUAAAAAAAAUGGAAAUCUGUACUUAUCCUAAAUAUGGCUUAUAUAUUCUAAAGCUAAGAAACCCUCAUUGGUUUAUGUACAUCACAUUGUUUUCGAUUCGUGUAGGUUUCGAGAACCUAUUUUGUUCCGUAGUACAAAUACAUUAUCAUGUUUAGCGUCUUGAGUUGUAUUGGCGUAAAGCAGCAUUCUUUCAGCUUUAUGUAUUAUUUUUAUUGAAUUAUGUACAGUUUAUUGUUUAGUAAUAUAUUAUAACAUAUGCUCUAAUAAUAAAUUUAAUAUAUUUCUCUUAUGUAUAUUGUAUUAUCUUUAAUUGUGUAAUUGAGAACGAGUGAAAUAAUCGUAUAUUUUAACAAGCAAUAAUUUGGGCCCUUUUCUUACAAACCCCCAUAGACAUUGAACAUUUCCGAAAUAGUUUAGGUGCUGAGCCCAAACUAUUCAGACACAUUGGGGGGGGGGGCACUUGUAAUAUAUUAUAAAGCAUAUUUUAAUAUCAUUAACAUUAUUUUUUAUAUAUUUUUGUUGUAGAAUAAUAUCCCUGUUUAUGUUGAUUCUAAAAUGUAUUAAAAAUCGGUUAUGUAAAAUACUGAGUGUUUCCAUGUCUCGUGGAUAAGGAGCCUUUAUUUGUAAAUAAAAUACAUAAUUUGUACCCAAA